AUGGAGAAUAGUUUUGUGGUUAAUUCUAAAGAUAAAGCAGGGGGGUUAGCUUUGUUCUGGAAUGCGGAGAUUACUUUGGGGAAUGUAUAUGGUACGGAUUGGUAUAUUGCAGCAGAGGUGGUGGAUGAGAACAAUAACGACCACUGGUGGAUGGUAGGAAUCUAUGCAAGUACAGAGGAAAGUAUAAGAAAGCAACAAUGGAAGGAAAUAGCGGAAAAAAAGAGGGAAUGGGGAGAUAAGUGGAUCCUAGUGGGUGACUUUAAUGAUAUUUGUUCCAAUGGGGAGAAAUGGGGAGGGAGAGAGAGAGCGGAGGGGAGCUUUAGGGAGUUUAAUAAGUUCAUCUCUGAGAAUGAGUUAGUGGAUAUAGGAUACGAGGGAGCUCCGUGGACCUGGAGCAACACUUGGGAAGGGCAAGGGGCAAUAAAAGAAAGGUUAGAUAGAUGUUUAGGGAGUGUGGGCUGGGUGCAACAAUAUGAGAAAGCAAUCUGUAAGCAUGUGGAAAAGGAGGCAUCUGACCACAGUCUUCUUCUCUUAGACUUUAGCCCGGCGCAAAAGAGAGUGAACAGAAGAUUCUUUUUUGACCAACGCUGGCAAAAGACAACACUUCUGAGAACAACAAAAGGUAACUCACGGGCAGUAAUCCAGGAGUUAAAAGGGCAAUUGAAAGCACUAAGGGAGCAAGAAGAGUGGGACAAGGGGACUGCGGCGAACCUGAAGCUACAAUUGAGCAAGGCCUACAAGGAUGAAGAGUUUUACUGGAGUCAAAAAUCAAGAAGUAGAUGGCUCAAAGAGGGGGACAAAAAUACAGUCUACUUUCACUUAAGUGUCAUGGCAAAAAGGAAAAGGAACAGAAUCAAUAUGCUGCAAAAGGCGAAUGGAGAGUGGUGUAGAGGCGAACAAGAAGUGGAAGAGGAACUGAGCAAACACUAUAAGGAACUUUUCACCUCCACGGAACCUUCUGAGUUUGAUGAAGUGCUACAGGGAAUACCUCACACUAUUUCCCAUCUUAUGAACACAAAGUUGAUUAAACCAGUGGACGAGAAGGAGAUACAACACGCUACUUUCUCUAUGUUCCCUAACACAGCCCCUGGAGUUGAUGUGCUUUACAAAAUUAUCUCCAAAAUCUUAGCUAAUAGGCUGAAAUCUAUCCUUCACCCCUGUAUUACCCCCUCACAGUCAGCCUUUGUCCCAGGGAGACAGAUCUUAGACAAUGUCAUGAUUGCCCAUGAAAUUUUACAUCUCUUGAAAAACAAAAGAUCUGGAAAAGUUGGUUUCAUGUCCAUUAAGCUAGAUAUGUCCAAGGCUUAUGAUAGGGUGGAGUGGAAAUAUUUGGGGAGAAUUAUGAUACACAUGGGUUUUUGUCCUAUUUUUGUCCAAUGGAUCAUGGCUUGUAUUUCCUCUGUUUCAUAUUCCUUUAACUUGAAUGGUAGGAAGGUUGGAUAUAUUAAGCCUUCUAGAGGCAUUCGGCAAGGAGACCCCUUAUCUCCAUACUUGUUCAUCUUGUGCACUGAAGGAUUUUCCAAUUUAAUCAAUAAAGCUGUGGAUCGAAAGGAACUCACUGGAAUCAAAGUCAGUAAAGACAACCCCAUGGUGUCACAUUUGUUUUUUGCAGACGACUCCUUGUUGUGUUGCAAAGCAAGUAAGAAGGAAGCUCUGAAGAUUAAGGAAGUCAUCAACCACUAUGGCCAAGCAUCUGGAUAG